AUGGACACUAAUGGCCGGAGGACGGAUAUAAGGAGUUUCCUGUACGGUAGUGUAGGGUUACUUCACCACCCGCAGGAACAUGUGGGCGUUCCUGGCAUUUCUUUUGGUGACUGGCGCCUUCCCAGCCUCAGCAGGCUUCCAAAUGUAUCAAGAAUAAAGCCAUUCGGAAUCGGAUUUGGGUUUGGCCUGGGAUCAGGAGGAAUCAGUGCCAACUUUGGAGCAUCUGCAGGCUCUUACGGAAUAUCUGCAUCCGGGGGAAUUGGAAGUAAACCAGGGAUCGCUUCUAGUUACGGUGGUGUUCUCACUGGUUCUCAGUCUUCUGCUGGAUCCGUAAGCGGAGGAGGUGGAGGAGGUGUCGUGUAUGGUGGAGGCAGCUCCCAGUCUCAUUCUGGAUAUGCAACAGGAACAGGAAGUGCAAGUGCCGGAUACGGUGGCUCUUUAGGUGGAUCCGUUGGAGCCGUCAACGGAGGAGGAGGAGGUGGUGGCUAUGGCGGAGGAUCUUCUGGAGCUCAUUUAUCAGUUGGGUCUCCAGGAUCCCAAUCAUCCGCAAAUUCUGGAGGCUUUUGGGUUAAUGGAGGAUUAGCAAAUAAUCCUGGGGGAUACGGAGGUUCCUCAGUAGGACAACAACCAACCUCAGGAUCUACAGGCUAUACAGGGGGUACAGGAAGUGGAUUUGGUGGUUAUGUAGGAACUGCAGGUGGUGCUCAAGGAGGAGCUUCAAGCGGAGCUCAAUCAUCAGCGGGAUAUGGAAAUGUGGGGCCAUUAGCUGGAUCCGGAUCGGGGGCUGGAAAUUAUGCUACAAAUGGAGGAAUUACAGGACAAUUAGGAGGAAAUUUUGGAGGCCCAUCAGCUGGGCAGCAGCCAACGAAUGGAUAUGUCAGUAAUAUAGCAGGAGGAGGAUACGGUAGUGUUUCAACCGGUUCUCAGAUAUCACCUGGAUCUUCAGUUUUGAGCGGAACUGGUGGUGGGAACUACGGAGGAUCUGUAAAUGGAGGUUAUGGAGGGGCCAUAGCUGGAAGUCAGUCUGGAUCCACUGGAGCCGGAAUAAGUGGUCAACUGCCAUCUGGCGCUUUGAGUGGGGGAUACGGAGGUUUUUCAACUGGAGUGCAAACAUCCCCAGGAUCGAUACAAGUUGGUGUAGGAUAUGGAGGAACUUCUGGUCCCCAACAAGCGGUAGGAUCGGCAACACUAGGAGCCUCUGGAUAUGGUGGAUCUUCAUCAGGAUAUCAGAUACCAUCUGGAUCUGUAGGAUCAGUAAUUAGUGGGGGAUUAGGGGGAAAGCCAAGUAUAACGUCUAGUCUCAUUUCGGGUUCCACAUCUAAUCGCCCUCACCCGGGAGGAAUUUGGUUUCAAGGAGGAAUACAUAAACCAGGAGGAACGUCUGCAUAUGGUGGAAUUUCAACAGGUGGUUCGACAGGGGGAAAUGUUGGAUCUGGUGGCUCGUUAUCAGGAGGAUCUGCAGGUGUUGCGUAUGGAGGAUCGUUAUCUGGAUCUCAGUCAUCGAGUGGGUCUACUGCAUUAGGUGUUGGAGGAGGAAAUAACGGCGCGGGAUAUGGAACAGCAUCAGCUGGGUCCCAAUCAUCAGCUGGGUGGGGUAUUGGUUACGGAUCACAACAGCCUGCAUCCGAACCUUCUGGUGGAGCGGCUGUCUCGAAUAUUGGUUACGGAUCGCAACAGCCUGCAUCGCAACCAUCUGGUGGAGCUGUUGUAUCGAACAUCGGUUACGGAUCACAACAGCCUGCAUCUCAGCCAUCUAGUGGAUCUACUCUAUCGAAUAUUGGUUACGGAUCACAACAGCCUGCAUCACAACCAUCUGGUGGAUCUGUUGUAUCGAAUAUUGGUUACGGAUCCCAACAGCCUGCAUCCCAACCUUCUGGCGGAGCUGUUGUAUCGAAUAUUGGUUACGGAUCACAACAGCCUGCAUCUCAGCCAUCUGGUGGAUCUGCUGUAUUGAAUAUUGGUUACGGAUCCCAACAGCCUGCAUCCCAACCAACAGGUGGAUCUGUUGUAUCGAAUAUUGGUUACGGAUCCCAACAGCCUGCAUCCCAACCUUCUGGCGGAGCUGUUGUAUCGAAUAUUGGUUACGGAUCACAACAUCCUACAUCGCAACCAUCUGGUGGAACUGUGGUAUCGAAUAUUGGUUACGGAUCACAACAGCCUGCAUCUCAACCAUCUGGUGGAGCUGUUGUAUCGAACAUCGGUUACGGAUCACAACAGCCUACAUCCCAACCUUCUGGUGGAGCUGUUGUAUCGAACAUCGGUUACGGAUCACAACAGCCUACAUCCCAACCUUCUAGUGGAGCUGUUGUAUCGAACAUCGGUUACGGAUCACAACAGCCUACAUCCCAACCUUCUGGUGGAGCUGUUGUAUCGAACAUCGGUUACGGAUCACAACAGCCUGCAUCCCAACCUUCUGGUGGAGCUGUUGUAUCGAAUAUUGGAUACGGAUCACAACAGCCUACAUCGCAAACAUCUGGUGGAGCUGCUGUCUCGAAUAUUGGUUACGGAUCACAACAGCCUGCAUCCCAACCUUCUGGUGGAGCUGUUGUAUCAAACAUCGGUUACGGAUCACAACAGCCUGCAUCCCAACCUUCUGGUGGAGCUGUUGUAUCGAAUAUUGGAUACGGAUCACAACAGCCUACAUCGCAACCAUCUGGUGGAGCUGCGGUAUCGAAUAUUGGUUACGGAUCACAACAGCCUGCAUCUCAACUAUCUGGUGGAGUUUCUGUAUUGAAUAUUGGUUACGGAUCACAACAGCCAGUAUCUCAACCAUCUGGUGGAACUGUUGUAUCGAAUAUUGGUUACGGUUCACAAGUUGCAUCUCAACCAUCUGGUGGAGUGUCUGUAUUGAAUAUUGGUUACGGAUCACAACAGGCUGGAUCUCAUCCAUCGGGUGGAUCUGCUUAUUCAUCAAGCGGAGCUUCUGCAUUCGGCGGUGGAGGAGGAAAUACUGCAGCAGGAUGUGGAUCAGCAGUGGCUUCAUCUCAGGCAUCAAGUGGAGCCGUGGCAACAGGUGGUUCACCUUACAGUGGAUAUUUCGCCGGAUCUCAGGCGUCUUCUGGGUCUGUUGGCCUCGGUUAUGGAGGUGGAUUAGCGAGUGCAGUGUCCUCGGCAGGGUCCCAAGCAUUGGCAGCUGCGGGAGUCCCCAUUCCAGGACCUUCGCCUGAACAGGAAGCGGUCAGAGGUCCUCGGGAACUCCUGGAAUACCCAGAUGAGUUCUUAACCUUGCAGUUGCCACCUGCGGUUGGAAGGAAUGUAGUUAUUGCUAGUAUUUGUAAGGUAAGAGAGGAAUAUCAAGCGGACUUCACAGCUCCGCCUGGGAUCAGAGUCCUCGGCCCUGCUGUCAGCUCUGGCAUAGAAUCAGACCCAACGAAAUUGGAAGUUGAUGUUGAACAUCUGUUUGAAAAUCUCAGAGCUAACACUUUGUAG